AUGUCUGCCUUGCUGAGUGGUCUGAAGAUGGGCAGCCAGUUGCACAACAUGACUGUGGAUGAAUGCUUCCAGUCCCGCAGCACUGUCCUUCAGGGACAGCCCUUUGGGGGCAUCCCCACUGUGCUGUUCCUCAACGUUGCCUUAUGGGUGCUCGUUGUUCUGAUUUACUCCUUCCUCCGGAAAGCUGCAUGGGACUACGGGCGCCUGGCUUUGCUGAUACACAAUGACAGCCUGACCUCUCUGAUCUAUGGGGAGCAGAGUGAAAAGUCGUCUCCCUCAGAGGUUUCCUUGGAGAUGGAACGCAGGGACAAGGGUUUCUGUUCCUGGCUCAUCAACAGCAUAACCAUGAGGGACCAGGAUCUGAUUAGCAAGUGUGGGGAGGAUGCACGCAUCUACAUCAUGUUCCAGUACCACCUCAUCAUCUUCGUCAUCAUCCUCUGCAUCCCUUCUCUGGGCAUCAUUUUGCCUAUCAACUACAUUGGAACUGUGCUGGACCAGAAUAGCCACUUUGGUCGGACCACCAUUGUCAAUGUCUCCACAGAGAGUACACUCCUAUGGCUGCACAGCCUCUUUGCUUUCUUAUACUUCCUCAUCAACUUCGUCCUCAUGGCUCAUCACUCCUUGGGGUUUGUGCCCAAGAAGAACUUAAAGGUCUCAAGGACACUAAUGAUCACCUAUGUGCCCGUGGACAUUCAAGACCCAGAGAUUAUCAUCAAGCAUUUCCACGAGGCCUAUCCAGGGUGCGUUGUGACUAGAGUCCACUUCUGCUAUGACGUCAGGACCCUGAUCGACUUGGAUGAUCAAAGGCGCCAUGCGAUGCGGGGCCGACUCUAUUACGCGGCCAAGGCCAAGAAGACUGGGAAGGUGAACAUCAGGAUCCAUCCCUGCUCCCGCCUGUGCUUCUGCAAGUGCUGGACCUGCUUCAAGGAGGUAGACGCGGAACAGUAUUAUAGUGAGCUGGAGGAGCAGCUGACGGAUGAGUUCAAUGCUGAGCUCAACCGCGUUCGUCUGAAGCGACUCGACUUGAUCUUUGUCACCUUCCAGGACUCCAGGAUGGCGAAUCGUGUCCAGGAGGAUUACAGGUACACCUGUUGUGGAGUGUACCCCCAGCAAUCCUCAGUGACCACCACCAUCAAGUCCUACCAGUGGAGGGCCACUCAAGCCCCACACCCUAAAGACAUUAUUUGGAAACACCUGUCCAUCCGCCGCUUCACUUGGUGGGCCCGCUUUAUUGCAAUCAACACCUUCCUCUUCUUUCUCUUCUUCUUUCUCACCACGCCCGCCAUCAUUAUCAACACCAUCGACAUGUACAACGUCACCCGCCCCAUCGAGAAGCUGCAGAGCCCAGUUGUGACCCAGUUCUUCCCCUCUCUGAUGCUCUGGGCCUUCACAGUGAUAAUGCCUCUUAUAGUCUACUUCUCUGCCUUCCUUGAGGCACACUGGACCAGAUCAAGCCAAAAUCUCAUCAUAGUGUACAAGUGCUACAUCUUUCUGGUGUUCAUGGUGGUCAUUCUGCCCUCUAUGGGACUGACCAGCUUGGAUGUCUUUUUCCGCUGGCUCUUUGACAUAUACUAUCUAGAGCAGGCAUCCAUCAGGUUCCAGUGUGUGUUCCUGCCAGACAACGGCGCCUUCUUUGUCAACUACGUGAUCACAGCAGCAUUGAUCGGCACAGGCAUGGAGCUGUUACGUCUGGGGUCACUCUUCACGUACAGCACCCGCCUCUUCUUCUCCAGAUCAGAGCCAGAGAGAGUCCACAUCAGAAGGGACCAGGCUGUAGACUUCCAAUAUGGGCGAGAGUAUGCGUGGAUGUUGAACGUCUUCAGCGUGGUGAUGGCGUACAGCAUCACCUGCCCUAUUAUCGUCCCUUUUGGACUGAUUUACCUGUGCAUGAAGCACCUCACAGACCGCUACAACAUGUACUACUCCUAUGCACCUACCAAACUGAACGAGCAGAUCCACAUGGCUGCAGUCUACCAGGCCAUCUUUGCACCACUCUUGGGUCUGUUCUGGAUGCUCUUCUUCUCCAUUCUGCGACUAGGUUCCAUUCACAGCAUCACCUUCUUUUCCCUGACCACCCUUGUCUUUUCCAUGGCCAUUGCCUUUUCCAGCAUAUUUCUGGGAAAGCUCCGGUCAGCCACUGAUUACGAGCCCGAGGAGGAGACGGAGACCGUGUUUGACAUGGAGCCAAGCAGCACAUCUUCUACACCCACCUCCCUUCUCUAUGUGGCAACGGUGCUGCAAGAGCCAGAGAUGAACCUGACUCCCGCCUCCUCCCCAGCCCGGCACACCUAUGGCACCAUGAACAACCAGCCAGAAGAGGGAGAAGAGAGCGGUCUGCGGGGCUUUGCAGGGGAGCUAGACUCGGCCCAGUUCCAGGAAGGUCUGGAACUAGAGGGCCAGAGCCAAUACCAUUGA